AUGGCUUCAGGUCCAGCUCCCGUCUAUGUCCUUGGUGUGGGCAUGACAAAGUUCAUCAAGCCCCGUGGAAAAGUCGACUACCCAGAGCUCGGAUUCGAGGCUGGCAUCAAGGCCAUGGUAGAUGCCGGGAUCAACUACGACGACGUUGACCAGGGCAUUGCCUGCUACGCCUAUGGCGACUCGACAUGCGGCCAGCGCGUAUUUUACCAAUUCGGAAUGACACAAAUCCCCGUCUACAACGUCAACAACAACUGCUCCACCGGCUCCACGGGGCUGCACAUGGCGCGGCAAUUCCUUGCCUACGGCGCCGCCAAUGUCGCCCUCGUCGUCGGCUUCGAAAAGAUGUUCCCUGGCCCGCUGCAGAGCUUCUUCAACGACCGCGUGUCGCCGUUGGACAAGUCGUAUAUCAUGAUGCACGCCACUCGCGGGAUAGAGCCCAAGAAGCCCGGUGCCGCGCAGCUGUUUGGCAAUGCCGGCCGCGAGUACAUGGAGAAGUACGGCGCGACAGCGGAGGACUUUGCGGAGAUCGCGAGGGUCAACCAUGCGCAUUCGGCGAGGAACCCAUAUUCGCAGUUCCAGGACGUCUAUACGCAUGAGCAGAUCAUCAAGUCGCCGGAGAUCUUUGCGCCGCUGACGAAGCUGCAGUGCUGCCCGACGUCGGACGGUGCGGCGGCGGCGGUGUUGGUGUCGCAUAAGUGGCUCGAGGUGCAUCCGGAACUGAAGGCGAGAGCGAUCCUGAUCGCGGGGCAGUCAAUGAACACCGACGCCCCCUCCCUCUACUCAAAGUCCGCCAUCGACCUCAUCGGCUACGACAUGACCAAGCGCGCCGGCAUCACCGCGCUCGCCGAAGCCGGCGUCUCCGCCUCCUCCAUCAAGCUCGUCGAGCUGCACGACUGCUUCUCCACCAACGAGCUCGUCACCAUCGACGCCCUCGGCCUAUGCCCGCCCGGAAAGGCCCACGAAAUGGUGCGCAGCGGCGACAUCACCUACGGCGGCCGCGUCGUCAUUAAUCCGUCCGGCGGCCUCAUCUCGAAGGGACACCCGCUCGGCGCGACGGGGCUGGCGCAGUGCGCGGAGCUCGUGUGGCAUCUGAGGGGCCAGGCGGGAGAGCGGAAUGUGGAGGGCGUGGAGACGGCGUUGCAGCAUAAUUUGGGGCUGGGAGGCGCCGCCGUGGUCACGGUGUAUAAGAGGGCGGAUGGGGGAGCGAGUAGGAGGAUGAGGGAGGGGGAGAUGAGGGAGGUGGAGAGGGUGGGCGGGAGGGGGUAUAAUCCUGCGGUGGAGGCGAGAGGGUUGACAGAGAGCGAGGUGGAGUGCGCGAGGAGUAGGAGGGCCGCGAGUAAGUGGAUGGAGGCGGAGGUGAGGAAGGAGGAGGCGAAAUUGUAG